ACCAAGAAAAGAAAUUACUUACUUUUAAAAUAUUUUGAAAAUGCGCCAUUUGGGCACGGGUGAAUUUGUUGAUAUAGGAUCCAAAGUGAUGACCUGUAAAAGAAUUUAACUGCAUACAAUUCUUCAAAACCAGACCGUUCAUUCCUCUUUAUUUCAAGCUAGCAUUGUUUCCUACCAAAUCCAACUUAUUAAACCCUCCAAAGUUAGAAAACAUUUAUCUUAUAGCUUAAAAAUAGAACUUCGUGGUUUUAUCCACUUUUAAACCAUAUCCAAUGAAACAACAUUCUUCUUCAUUUGACAGCUUUGAAUUUGGAAACUUCAAAAAAGAUUUCCUUUUUAAAGAAUCAGAUUGCCCCAUACUAAAACCAAGUAAAAAUUGGGUCCAAAGUGCCCCCAAGUCCUUUGAAGGGGCAGGUAAGGGGGGUGGCAAAAUUGGUAAUUUUGAUUAGAAAGCCAUUCAUAUCUCUCUGUAUAUCCAGUAAAGCAAUGUUAAAUGGUGAAUUUUAUCACUUCCUCUUCUUUCCCAGCUUCUUUCAUCGCAAUUCUCAGUAACCUCCAUAACCACAAGGAAACAAAUCUUCAUUGAUCACUCCCCUCUCUCUCUCUCUCUCUCUCACCAUUUUGGCCUUUUGGGAUUCUAUAUAUUGCAACUCUCCAUCUGGGUUUUGGCAAGUUUCUUUCCUCUGAUUCUCAAUUCUCUGCUUGCUUCUUUAUCCACCAAUCAUGGCUCAAAGUUCAGGAUCAAGCAAUGGACACCACAGUGUUUCUUUGAAUGUGAAAGAUGAUCCCGCAGCUGACUGUGUCUCUGUUCCUUUCAUUCAGAAGUUGAUUGCAGAGGUGGUGGGGACAUAUUUCUUGAUAUUUGCAGGGGAAGCAUCAGUAGUGGUGAAUUUGAGCACAGAUGGAAUUAUCACCUUCCCAGGGAUUUCUAUUGCUUGGGGUUUAGUUGUAAUGGUGAUGGUGUAUUCCGUUGGCCACAUCUCUGGUGCCCAUUUUAACCCCUCUGUCACCAUAGCCUUUGCCAUUACCAAGAGAUUUCCAUGGAAGGAGGUGCCUGCAUUUGUGGUGGCUCAAGUUCUUGGAUCAACAUUAGCAAGUGGGACACUUAGGCUAAUAUUUAGUGGAAAACAAGACCACUUUGCAGGGACUCUCCCAAGUGACUCGUAUUUGCAGACCUUUGUGAUUGAAUUCAUUAUCACAUUUUACCUCAUGUUUGUGGUGUCUGGUGUUGCCACUGACAAUAGAGCCAUCGGCGAACUUGCUGGACUUGCUGUCGGUGCUACCGUGCUGCUCAACGUGAUGUUUGCAGGGCCAAUUACUGGAGCAUCCAUGAAUCCAGCCAGAAGCUUGGGACCUGCUAUAGUAUGGAAACAAUUUAAAGGGCUAUGGAUUUACAUGAUAGCGCCUGUUUUAGGGGCGAUUUCGGGUGCUUUGGUCUAUAAUACCAUUAGGUUCACAGACAAGCCUCUAGGAGAGAUCACCAAAAGUGCUUCCUUUCUCAGAAGUCGUAAUGGAUCCUCAUCAUGAAAGGCUUGUCUUUGUGCCACCAAUUUUUCUUUCUUGUACUUCAAAUGGCUUAAAAGUGCAUGGAGAAACUCACAUGCUACUCCUGUGAUAAAUUGUUCUACUUUAUUCAAAGAUUGCAAAUGAACGAGUAUUUGAUUUCA